AUGGCCCUUGAGACAGGUCGCUGCAUGGAGAGAGGCGCCGCCCCGGGAUCCGAAGACGGAGACUUAGGCAAUAUUUGUUCCAAGUCAAAGUUAGUGGCGGCGGGUAAUAUUCAUAAAACAAUGUUUUUGGCAAGUUUUAGCUACUUUGGGAGCAGGUAUUCGGAUUUGAAUGUAUAUUUUACCAUCCAUGAAGGCGCAUGGCACGCUUUGCACUCAGUCAAGCAGCCAGAGGAUGAUGCUGAAUUGGUCGCCAUGCAGCAUCUAGGUGCUACUUAUCAGCUCGCCAAACUUGCCCUAAGUGAAGGUUUCUCUCAACUAUAG